AUGGCAGCAGCAACAGCAGCAGCUGCUGCUGCAGCAACAGGGGAGGAGCCGCUGCGGUACCCGUGGCUGCCGGCGGACCAGCAGCGGCUGCCGGCCACAAUGGCCUCGGCCUCCAUGGCGGGUUUGCUGUCGCGACUCGUAAUGCAUCCGCUGGACACUGCAAAGGCAGUUAUUCAAGUCCAGACGAAGACUUUGGGGACUCGAAAGUGGAAACUGAGCGGCUCAAAGACAGCACUGACACUCUCCUCGAUCUGGAAGGCUGACGGCGUCGCCGGGCUCUACAGGGGGUUUGCCGUGACCUCUGCCCUGGCAGUGCCCGCGACUUGCCUUUACUUCAGCACCUACGAAAUCCUCAAGUCCCGCUUUUUGAAGCUUUCAAGGGGCGAAGAUGCGCAGUCAGCAGCAGCAGACCAAACCUUUCUCUCCGCGUUGCUGCUGGACUCCGUCUGCGGCUUUUCUGCCGAAGCCAUUUCUUGCGUCUUCUACCUCCCCAUGGAUGUCUGCAAGGAAAGACUGCAGCAAUUCGGAAAGAUUGCAAACAGCCUAAGAGGCUCUGACGUCGCUUCCCCAAAGUCGCCAACUGCAGAAUGCUGCCCACUUAUUGACGCCUCCGUCGCAGGUGCAGCUGCUGGCGCCGCUGCUUUCUUGACUGCGCCUUUGGACAAGGUGAAACUGAGGCUUCAGGUUCAAAUGGAAAACUCCCAAUGCCGCGAGCAGCCUUUCUACUACAGAAAUUUCUUCCAUGGUUUGGCCUCUUUGUUCAGAUCUGAAGGCCUUAGGGGCUGUUUUGCGGGCGUGGGAGCUCGCACACUCUUUCACUCGGGAUCUCUUUUCAUGACAUUCCUCUUCAUGCAGACUGCGCGUAAUGUCUACUGCCGUUACUACGAGGCGUAG